AUGAGUUGGGAUAGCAUCUGCUUUAAUGCCAGCGCAUUUGCAGCCGGCCUGUUUCUCCUCCAAUUCGGUGCUGAUCGUUUCAUCGACUCCACAGCGAUUGUCGCGUGUCGGCUUCGAGUUUCACAGACAUUGGUAGCCUUGCUCACAGCAGGUGCAGAAUGGGAAGAGCUUGCUGUCAUCGUGGCAUCCAUCCUUCAAAAUCGCUCCUCUCUCGCACUAGGCAAUGUCAUCGGCUCCUCAAUCUCAAAUAUUCUGGGAGCAUUCUCCCUAGGUCUCCUCUUCCAUCCUGGCUACACGACAUUUGAUCGAAGCGCGAAAAUAUACGCAGCCUUGCUCUUUCUCGUUACCACGAUCUUCACAGUUGUCGCUCUGACGAAAAGCCUCGGCAGGAUCGCGGGAGGCAUUUUCAUUGCCGCAUUCGCUGUAUAUCUGGUGUCAAUUGGCUAUGGGAUUUACAGGGGCAUGUUGGGUGCUCCGGAAGACUCGGAUAACGACGACAGCGACGAUCGUCAAAGCAGUGAUUGCAACAACGAAGAGACACAGCAUGAUCACCCCCCAGCUGAAAUAUCACCAUUGCUCCCUAAGAAAGCCAGUGGAGAGCAUCCUACACACAGUCAAGAACGUGGUCUUUUCUAUCACAUUGUUCAACUCAUCCUCGGCUUUAUUGCACUGUCAAUGUCGGGCUACAUCCUCUCACACAGCGCAGCUUCAAUCGCUGAUGCGUUCGACCUUUCCGGCACCAUCCUUGGCAUAACGGUCUUGUCAUUUGCUACUACAUUGCCUGAGAAAUUUGUUGCUGUCAUUAGUGGUGCUCGGGGACAUAGCGGUAUCGUUGUUGCGAGUACAGCGGGAAGCAAUAUCUUCCUUUUGACUUUGUGUCUUGGGAUCACGUUCGUAGCUGGGAAUCAGAGAGAGCUCGCAGGCUCUAUGGUACCGUUCGAGCUGCUUGUUACUUGGGCGUCAUCUGCGCUGUUUUGCCCGAUUGUGUUCUUGGGAUCAAAGCGGUGGGUUGGUGGGGUGCUGCUGGUAUUAUACAUUGCAUUCAUAGUCCUGGAGUUUACUGUGUAUAGAAGAUGA